AUGGAGAAGAGGCUCCGGUCAUCUCUCAAGACAUCCGCCGAGGAAUUCCUCUCAUCCGCCGUGAAAUUAACCCUAAAAUCCUCUAAACCGUCGCUGAAAACCAUUAUCUUCGCGGUGAAACCCUCGUCGGGCCUCUCUUCUUCUCUCCCACUCGCUCUUCACAACUCCAUACUCAGCCACACAGAAUCCUUCCAGAAAGCCGCCAAAGAUGGUGAUAAUCCGUAUCUCCCCUCUCCCUCUGAUUCGCCUCCAUUGAAGCGUCAACGUGGUAACGGAUCCGGAUCCGGACCCCUACCCGAUUCCGAUUUGGAUCAGCGGAGGCAACAGAUCCUUGCUUCUCUCCAGGUCCUCUCUCAUGUACUUCAUCUUUGCCUUUUAUCUCCCAAAAAAGCGUUUUCAACCUCCGAUAUACUUCCCGCUGCUCAAGCUUUGCAUAAUAAUCUUAUUCUGUUCGAGUCGGAUUCGGUUCUGUGCCUUGAGAUUGCCGCAAUUUGCGAGGUCUGGUGGAAAGAAGGUCUUUUGGAAAGAGAAACAUUAAUUUCUCAGUCGUUACCGUUUCUGCUAUCGAGGUCACUGACAUUGAAGAAGAAAGUGGAUGUUCAUCGAGUCUAUAUGUUGAGGGAAGCAUUCACAUUGUUUGAUUUCGAAGACGAGAGCAUUGAAGAUCUGAGGAUGUUGCUGAUGCGGUGUGUGGUUUCACCUGUGUACGUAAAGACAGAAGAUGGUCAGAGAUUUGUCUCUUUCGCAUUUGGACUUAGCCGACAGUUGAUGAAAUCUGGUCUUGCUGUUGUUAAAGCUCAGAUUCCUUUUGGGAGGAAAUCUGUGCUUGAAGGGUUUGGUGCGAUUCUAUUUCGAGCUUGGAGAGAAGUAGAGGAAGAUUUGAAAGGUGAGAUUGAAGAUGGGUUUCUGCAGGGGAUGAUUGAUAGUGCUAUUCACGCGAGCUCAUGCGCUUUUGCUGCCUCUCUAAGAAGGGUUUUGGGAGGCUUUAUCGGCCAGCGGACUACUCAAGGAGUCGAGAAGCUCCUCUUUAGCCUUGCUGAGCCCAUGAUAUUUCGCUCACUGCAGGUCGCAAAUUCAAAUGUUCGUUUAAAUGCUUUACAUUUACUUCUGGAUCUUUUCCCCAUGGAGGAUCCUGAUGCAACAAAAGAAGUAAAAGAUACGCUGCUUGACAAACAGUUCUAUUUGUUGGAAAAAUUGAUGAGUGAUGAAUGCCCAGAUGUGAGGUCUGUUGCUGUGGAAGGUCUCUGUCGAGUUUUCUAUCUUUACUGGGAAGUGAUCCCAUCGUCAACAAUUACCAAGAUCAUCACCAAGAUUUCCGAUGAUAUGUCACAUGAAUCGUGUAGUGAAGUUAGACUUUCAACGGUUAAUGGUAUAACUUAUCUCCUUGGAAACCCGCAUUCCCAUGCCAUUCUUGAAGUGCUUCUACCAAGACUGGGGCAUUUGUUGCUAGAUAAUGUUACUUCUGUACGGCUUGCCAUGGUAGAUCUGCUCCUUCUUUUGAGAGAUCUCCGGACUUUCCAGUUUAACACGGUAGUGAGCUUGGAUGUGUUGUUAUCUGUUCUUGCCUCUGAACAGACUCAUGUUGCUAAGGGAAUCGCUCGACUUCUAAUGCCAUCAUACUUUCCGUCAACAAAGAAAGCUGAGGAGGCUUGCACCCGAUGCAGGACACUCAUAAACAGAAACCCAACAGCUGGUGCCCGGUUUUGCGAAUUUUUAGUAUCUUUAGGAGCAACCGUUCAAUCAGCAUUGCAGCUUCUUGGGUUCUUCUUGAAUUCAGUCUUGUCGGGUGAUAAGCUAGAGGAAAACCAGAUCGAAGGCUUGCUUCUUGCUUCUUACUAUCUUUGUAAAGAUCUUGUUGCUGAUUCUGGGUGUAUGGCCUCCCUUAAAGAGCUGUUACCUGGACAAAAAUUGAAAAGUUUGCUAGCUUUUUCACCCACUGCACAGGCUCAGUCAGCUGUCUUUGAUAUUCUUGCUAUGGUCUCCCCUGAUACUGUGUCUGACGUCCUCGAAGAUUGCAUGACUUUAAUUGUCAAUUGUGGUGGUUUGCCUGGGGAUGCAGGACGACAGACCGAGAUGAGAUCUGUACACAAGUUACUCUUGUCUUCUAAUGCCUUUUCUGACCUCAUUAGAACUUUCACCAGUAUAAUGCAGAAGGCUGCAUACCGUUGUCAGAUCAAUUUUGGCUCUGAAGUGGAAAGAAAGAAUGUGUAUUCCAUGACGAGAAAAGAAUCAAAAUCUUCUGGAAAAUCUUCGGCAAGGUGGAAACAUGUUAGCGGCAAAAAUGCAAUCAGUUUCGAAGAAGAUUAUUCGCUUGCUGUAGGAAUAGCAUGGCAGAUAAAGGAUUUACUCAUUAUCGAAGAUGCUCGUGAAGCUAUACUUGAGUCUGAUAUCGAGGAGCUAUUCCUCGCCUUAAAAGUCGUCUGCCAGACUAGCAUUCGCCAAGCCUCUCAUUCUGAAUGCAUGGACGUGUACCCUGUAAUGGCAUAUACUUCUCUUGCUUUGCACAUGAGUCUUCAGAAUCUUAAUACGGAAGCUCAGAAGAAUGAUACAAGAAAUGCCGGGAAUGUUCUGGACCAAACAAUGGAUCACAUUCUAGGCUUUACAGAUGAACUAUUUCAGGCAUGUGAAAGUGGAACGCCAAGUACCAUAUCUCUAGACGCAAACGUUAGCAAGAAACCAAAAACAAGAUUUUCAAGUUCCAGGAAUGAUGCUUCCGAGGGAUCUAAGAAAGGAGUUGUAGUGAACAAGGUAAAGAUGCUUACCGCGAUUCUCAAGUUUUGUGUUGAGUGUACCGAGAUGGAUCUAGCUUCCCACUUCCAAGCAAGGAUGUUAAAGUUCACAUCUGCAUAUCUAAAGUAUGCCAUCUCCAUUUGCAAUCACCAUUCAACGGGUAAGUUAGAAUUGGAAGACGCAGAUAUAAAGGACUUGCUUUUGUGUAUAAAAAGCUCCACCAGUUAUGCCGGAAAGUUGAUAAACCUAGUGAUGAGACAAACAUCUGAAGCUUCACCCCUUUUGUUUGAAACUUUUGACCUUGCAAACGCCCUGCUUCAUCUAUUCACCACGGUUGAGAUAUCUCUAGGCUCGGUUUACGCAUUGAGAGUUUUGACAGCUUUAAACCCUUGGAUACCAGAUUUGGUUCUUGCACUAGGACCUUGUUUCAUCAACAAUAGCCUAGAAGAAGAAAGUUCAUACACCAGCUCAUUCAAGCACGUCAAACUCUGCUUUCCCUCAUGGCUUAUUACAUUCGCAAAGAUCGAAUUACAUGAAACCGAUGAGACCUCGGAUUCCCAUCUCCAACUCCCGGGAUUCAAAAAGCUGAUAAGCACCGUAGUUACACUGGUGAAAGGUAACUCCCACGUUGUUGAUGGAAUUGGUUAUGUUCUCUUGAUAUGUUCAGCAGUGUGUAUAGAGAAGAAAGAUUACAAUACCGCUCUAGGAUUGUUGCAUUUUCUAUGUGUGAGGUUAGUUAAAAGAGAAGAUAGAGAGUGGAAAGACCUUGACACAAUGUUGGUUUCACUUCCAAGAAUUUACCCGAUAAUAGAGCGAGAGAUAGGUGAAGAGAGAGACGAAGAUGAACUGAAGAGUCUUGAGGCUGCAAGAGAAUGGCUUCAACCUGUGUGGAUGUACCAUGUCUAUGAGACCGGUAGGUUCCGUAUGAUGGAGGAAGAAGAAUAG